UCACAUCAAUAAUUAUCACUACAAAAUAUUGAAUAUUUUUUUACAACAAGUCAACAACUGUCGUAAACCAAUGACUACCCAAGCAUUUAUAUUUUCGAUAAGUGACGCCAGCUAAGAAGACAGUGCUGUACUUUGCGCUAUUUACGUAUCUGCCACUCCGGUGUUUUUUCGUAUGGUUCUUGGUCGGCUCCACAUUGAAGGAAGGUGGCAUGUUCUGUAAUUUAUUGGGAAAUCGAGGGGCAAUAGGAAAGUGCAGGGGAGGGGGGGGGGAAUCUUGGGAGAUUUAGGUUUAGAGGAGGAGAAUGAGACACGUCACGUCACGUCGUUUAAUCUAAUUCGCGUGGUCACGUGGAACGAGCGGAGAUUAACAAGCCAUGAUACAUCAAGAUACUAAAACGCUCAUGACACAGAAUGGGCCGGGCUUUUAAUAUUGGGCUAUUUUGAAUGGCCCAACAACCACAGCCAGUGCUGACAUGUCUACCAUCUAUAUGCUGACGUGGAUGUGGGGUCGAACAAAAUAGGAAAUUUGGGUUGUGGGGUCAGAUGAAUGAAUGGCCCAUCAUCGGAAGGGACAUGAAGAUGCCGCUAAUUUGGGAAAGAGAGCUUCAUCUCUCUCUCUGUUUUGGCCGACAGAUGAAACGGGGGAGAGAAAUGGAUGCCGACGAUAUGGCAGAAACGCCGAGCGGAAUGGGACGAGAGGAGGGGGAGUCGUUCAUGGCGGAGGUAAACCUGGUGGUGGUGUUGCUCUCCCAGUUGUACGGGUCGGAUGAAGCGCAGGAGACGGUAAAGGAGCAGCAUGAACGGGAGGAGAUUAACGAGGCCAGGGCUCGUGCUCAGAAAAGGAUGACGAAGGAGACAAAGCUCAUGGAGAGGAGGACCCACGUGCUUCACUCCAUGACUAAAGAAUUCAGGCAUCACAGGAAAAUGUGAAGAAUCGGCCCAAGAACAAGAACCGGAUGUGCUAUUGAAUCAUAAUAUAUAAAACUCUCCACUUUUUUU